CAUCAAUAAGUGAAGAGAAAAUGAAAACUUUAUCGAUCUCUUAUUUUCUAAUGUAAUUGAUUCUUUUAAUUUAAAAGUUAAAAAAGAUUGUCCUUGACAUAUGAAAAUAAAAGUAUGGCACCGAUUAUGAAAAUAAAUUUCCAUUUUUAACAUUGGAAGAAAGAAAUUAAUAUGGACCACUUCUUCUAACUCAUAUAAUUUAAAUUAGACUAGUAAUUAAAAUCCUUCUUUUAAAUUUAAAAAAUUCGUUUUACUGUAUUUAAUAUAUAUAUAAAUUUUUGUUUUAAUGAAUAAAAAAAAUUCGAGCUUGGCAGUACUCGAAACUGCAACCGCCUGA